AUGCCAUCAUAUGAUACUUGGUUUUGUCAUGGUGAGUCUCUAAAGGGAUCAAACAAUACUCAAGCAAAUAAACGCAGCCAGUCAACUUUAAGGGGCGAUGAUAUGACAGGAAUGAUACAUGAUGCCUUUAAAGGCUUUACACAGUUCAUGGAUACUGACAUUAGUGAAGGGGGUGACAUAGAGCAUAACUUACAAGAGAAUACUGUUCAUCCAUCUGGAAAUCAACCGCAUCCAGAGGUGGAUAUGUUUGAACGGCUCAUGAAGGAGGCAAAUGAAGAACUAUAUCCAGGAUGUAAGAAAUUUAGCAAAAUGUCCUUUUUGAUGCAUCUGUACCGUACAAAAUGCAUGUUCAAAUGGUCAAAUGAAUCGUUUAGUGCUUUGCUUGGACUAUUGAAGGAUGCGCUGCCUGAAGGAGAAAAAUUGCCUCCUUCUUUCUAUGAGACCAAAAAGAUAGUUGAAGGCUUGGGCUUGAAAUGGAAAAAUGAUGCUAGAAAAAUCCCAGCCAAGGUCCUAAGGAAUUUUUCUUUAAAACCAAGGCUACAAAGACUGUUUAUGUCUUCGGAAACUUCUAAAGCAGUACGUUGGCAUCAUGAAGAGCGCAACAAAGAUGGAGUUAUACGACCUCCUGCAGAUUCUGAAGCUUGGAAAAAAUUUGAUAGUAAAUAUCCCGAAUUUGCUGGAGACCCUCGCAAUGUGCGCCUAGGAUUAGCUUCUGAUGGGUUUAAUCCAUUUGGCACAAUGCGAACUGUUCAUAGUACAUGGCCAGUGAUUUUAAUGUCAUAUAAUCUUCCUCCAUGGAUGUGCAUGAAACAAGAGUUCUUCAUUCUGUCCUUACUUAUUCCUGAACCCAAAGCGCCUGGCAAUAAUAUCGACGUAUUUUUGCAACCUCUAAUAGAAGAGUUAAAUGAAUUAUGGGAUGUUGGGGUAGAAACAUACGAUGCCUCUACUAAGGAGAUAUUUCAAAUGCGAGCAGCUCUCAUGUGGACUAUACAUGCCUUUCCUGCAUAUGGUACUCUCUCUAUAUGGUGCACUUAUGGUCGGUUUGCAUGCCCUUCUUGUAACAUAAACACUCAAUCUAGAAGGCUGAAACAUGGCAGAAAGUUUUGUUACAUGGGGCAUCGACGCUUCUUGAAGUCGGGACAAAAAUUUCGGAAUGAUGCGAAAUCAUUUGAUGGGACUAAAGAAACAAGACCUGCACCUUGUCCAUCUAAAGACAACUUAGAUGCUCGAUUGGACUUGAAGGAGAUGAAAAUAAGACCAAGCUUAUGGCCUCAAUAUCGAGCUAGUGGGAGAGCAUAUCUUCCUGCUACUUUUUUCACAAUGUCUCAGCAGGAAAAGGAGUUAUUUUAUGAAGUACUACAAAAUGCCAAGUUUCCAGAUGGCUAUGCGUCUAAUAUUUCACGUUGCGUUCGCAAACGAAACAAAGAGCUAAAACUAGAAGAGUUAAACCUACUUGAAGAAAAAAUCCCAGAAACAUUGUCUACUAUGGAGAAACUCUUCCUUCCAGGAUUCUUUACUGUUAUGAUACACUUGGUUAUUCACUUGGCAACCGAGGCUAAACAUGCGGGACCAGUACAUUAUCGCUGGAUGUAUCCAAUUGAGAGGUAUUUGGGUACUUUAAAAUCAUAUGUUCGUAAUCGUGCAUGUCCAGAAGGUUCAAUAGCAGAAGCAUACAUAGCAAAUGAGUGUAUGGUAAAGGAGUUGGAAGCCACAUCUAACAUCUUAAAGGAUGUUAAAGUCCUAGCACAAGGACCGAGUUACAUUGCAAAAAGAUUCAGUGCGUUCGAUGUUAAUAAUGGGUAUCGAUUCCGAACAAAGCAAAGUGAAGAGUUCAAUGUGACACAAAAUAGUGGUGUUAUGGUCGUUUCAAAGACUGAAAGUUAUGCAAGUACAAGUGAUAAUGCUCCAAAAUCUGCAAAUAUCACAUAUUAUGGCAGAUUGAAUGAUAUUGUGGAGUAA